AUGCGAGUGACACAGCUAUGGACGACUUGCCCUCCGCCAUUCCCUUCAAAACAUCCCGAUGACACGCUCAAGGAGAAUGGGUACGCUCAGGAGGAACUCGUGGAAAUGGAAAGUUUCAGCCGCUGGGAGGCGUCCGCCAUUACCACUAGUGUUCUCAUGGUCUUGGCUCUUACUUCAGUCGUAGCAUUCCUC